UUAUUUUAACACGAUUCAACAGAAACAAGAGAAACUACAUAUUUGCGUUUACACUCUAAUUUAACGUGAAUGGGGUUCCAGCUGUUGAAAUACAACUCAUUUCAACAGCAUUUACUCUUUCCGGCAGUCCUUAAAGGCAACACUGUUCUUAAAGAGUCAGUGCUGCGUAGGCUGCGGCGCAUACAAAGACGUUUUGUGUCACGUGACGUUUGCAGCGGCUGCUUGUGUAGAAAAUACAGUCCACAGUGUCCCCUCCGACUACAGGAAGUGUUUUUAAAAGCACACGUGGGACAACUUUAGUGACACACGAAGGACAAAUAUAUGACAGCAGAGGACACACACUGUAUUUUACUCUAAAACUGUGAGAGUACGUGGGGGUGUCUGGUUACAUCAACCAUGUGGGGAAGAGCAGUGAGUUCAGGCUACAGAUGCUUACAGUGCAGGAGGAGUGUUGCUCCAAAGGCACGUUGGUUCUCACGUGCAGAGCGUACAUUCUGCGCCCCUGUCUUACCUGUGGGCAAGAUUACGCCACUUCAGGCUGUGGAUUUAUGGAAGAGACACUUUGAGGAGAGAGGAGUGACAGAGCCUGACCACUCCAGUCAGUACAUCAUCGCUCAUUUACUCGGGGCUAAAACUAUUGAAAGCGUUGAGCAGAGGAAGUUGACAGAGUUUCUUAGCAGAGAAAAAACCGAGCAGAUAUGGACGCUCUGCACUCAACGGCUCUCCAGAAUGCCUGUGCAGUACAUCAUUGAGGAGUGGGACUUCAGAGACCUGACACUGAAGAUGAAGCCUCCUGUUUUCAUACCGAGACCCGAGACUGAGGAACUGGUUGAACUUGUGCUCGCUGAUCUGAAGACUGCGACUGGAGAGCGUGCAGAUGCUCAACACACAUGUUUGGAAGUGGGGUGUGGCUCUGGGGCCAUUUCUCUCAGUCUGCUGUCAUGUCUGCCUCAGCUGAAAGCCGUUGCCUUGGAUCAAAGCCAGGAUGCUGUUGAUUUAACGCGGGAGAAUGCAUUAAGGUUGGGCGUUCAGGACAGAUUACAGACUCAUCAUUUAGAUGUCAUGAAAGAUCCAGAUGUUGUAUUCAGCCUCUGCAGCCCCGUGUCGGCGCUGGUCAGUAAUCCUCCCUACCUGUUCUCGGAGGAUUUGUCGUCGCUGGAGCCAGAAAUUCUCAAGUUUGAAGACCCAGCUGCGUUAGAUGGAGGUACAGACGGUCUGAAUGUGAUCCAACAGAUUUUGACAAUGGCUCCAAAGAUUCUGUCAAAUCAUGGUCGUGUUUAUUUAGAGGUGGACCCCAGACAUCCCCCGCUCAUUUUGCACUGGGUGGAGGCGAACGUGGAAGAGCUGCGUUAUGUAGAGACACGGCACGACAUCACCGGCAGGCCUCGAUUCUGUAUCCUUCAGAACGAGGACCAUGAGCUGGAUCAGGAUUGAGAAACUGAGAUCCUCUUACACUGGCUUUAGCUCAGGUUGCCACUGCCUGGGCUCCUCCACCCCCCCUCUGAACUGCUCAGAUUUGAUGGCUGAAAAAAAAAAAUCACCAUUUGCUUAACCUGAAAUCUACUUCACGCCACCGUUGUAACUCCUAAUCUGGUAAUAUUUACAAUCACAUCCUGUUCCGCGAGAGAAAUGUGAACGAGUUGGCACAAAAGCAGGCUCAAAGCUGAAGGUAAUUACCAAGACUUUUCUUAGAACCCUUCCUCUCAGAAUCUCACCCUCCUCCCAGGAAGCAUUCAGCAGUUCUGUGAAUCUGCGGAUGAACGGUCCUCCCCUUAGCUCGUCUAUUCGCUGACUCAGAUGCAGGCUGUACACAUUGUUGAGCGAAAAAAAAGAAAAAAAGAAAAAAGAACACACAAUGUGGCCUUCACAGCCUCACGCAGUCUGCUUUCACACACUUGGAGCUCAAAGGCCACGGAUUUGUUGUAUUUCAAAGGCGAAGACGAGACUCUUUUGCAACAUGACGUGUCACAAAAGCUUUCGCCGUGGGAUGGUUAUUAAUGCACAGUGUGACUGUAUCUCCCUGCAACCUGUGCAUAACACGCCGUACGAGAGAAACAAAGGGAGAGAGGGAUGUGCAGCAAAGCGGGCUAGACUCAAAUGUGUUAUUUUAAUAGAAAAAUGCACACAUGUAAAAGGUAGAAAAAAUGUUUUACUGAGAAAAUAAAACGGUUUAAAAUUA